CGGCCAGGGGCUCGUUUUCGGGACUGUGAGGUUCCACAAUUGAGACAGUCCUGGCUUCGGGGGCAAUGUGCGCCCAUAUUCCUAGCCCUGCUGCGCCCUUUGGCCGGCCCCUCCCCCCGUUCUGGGCGGUUCAGUGGGAGGUAGCUGAGCGGAGUGGCGGCCGGUCCAUUAGGACACGCACCCGGGUGUCCUCAUCGUGUGACGGUGUAAUCUGGAGGUAUCCCAUCUGCUGCGGAGAUGGUGACCCGAGUGUACACGGCGUCCUCCUCCUGCUCCACCACGAUGAAAAAGCAGCAGCAGGAAGUAAUCCAGUACCUGGAAUGCCAUAAUAUCGAUUGUGAAAUAGUGGAUAUCACCAUGUCAGAAGAGCAGAAGCAAUGGAUGUACAAAAACAUUCCUAAGGAUAAGUGGCCGGAGCAUGGCAAUCCUCUACUCCCGCAGAUAUUUAAUGAUGAAACUUAUUGUGGGGAUUAUAAUGCCUUUUUUGAAGCCAAGGAAAGUAAUACAGUUUCUUCAUUCUUACGGAUAAAGCCAAAAUAAACAGCAGCGAUGGCUGAAGAAAUGAAAGCAUGGAUGCGUAUUUC